AUGGCGGCCUCCGCUGUAGGCGCGCAGCUGGUGCUGACCUGGGCUUUCCUUCACAGACAAGAGCUUGUUGCGUGGCUCAACAGCCUUCUGCAGCUCAACAUCACAAAGGUCGAGCAAUGCGGUACUGGCGCCGCCCUUUGCCAAGUCUUUGACAGCAUCUACAUGGACGUCCCCAUGUCCAAGGUCAAGUUCAAUGUGAACUCGGAAUACCUGUACAUUCAAAACUUCAAGGUGCUUCAGAACUGCUUUUUGAAGCACCAGAUCGACAAGCCUAUUCCCGUAUCGGCCCUCGUCAAGUGCAAGAUGCAGGACAACCUCGAGUUCCUCCAGUGGACAAAGCGCUUCUGGGACCUCAACUUCCCGGAUCACGAGUACGACGCCGUUGCCCGACGAAAAGGCGGUGCCAUGCCCCCCACCGGUGGUGCCGCCGCCCCCCGAUCCGCCGCUUCCAGCAGUGCCGCCCGCCGAGCAGGUGGUACCCCCAGCGGUGGCCCUCGAGUUGCCAAGGCUGCCGGCCCCGCCACUGCCGCCCUUCAGCAGGAGAACGCUACUCUCAAGGAGACAGUGACAGGUCUUGAGAGGGAGCGUGACUUUUACUUUAGCAAGCUCCGAGACAUUGAGCUUCUCAUCCAACAAGCCGUCGACGAGGAUCCCGAGCUGGAGAAGCAGGAGGACGGUCUUAUCAAGCAAAUCCAGACCAUCCUGUACUCGACAGAGGAGGGCUUCGAGAUCCCCGCCGAGGAUCAGGUGGACGACCAGGAGACUUUUUAGUCCCGAAGCUCAUAUCAAAGUCUUGGGAGAUGUAAUGAACGCGACCAUGAUGAGUUGAGUGUACUGGGAGGGGGAGCACAUAGUCUGGUUUUCUCCGGCAUGAGGCAAAAACGGGCAUGGACUUUGGAGUUGAGGCCUCAUACUUUUGGGGAGGGACUGUGUUGAAAGCCAAUGGAUGCGCACGCAUUGGCAAUUGAUUGGCACUAGAAGCGAAGCUUUUUCUCUUAUUCUUGUUCCCGGGGAACGUGUUCUUGAGUCCCUGUGAAUGAGUACAAAAUUGAUCUUGUUGGAAACGUG